AUGUUCGGACGCCGGAAAAGCGACGGGGGCGGAGGCAAGCUGGCCGGUGACCCGCAUCCGGCAGACAGCUCGGCCGGAGGCUACGACGACGAGGCCGCCCGCUAUGGCGCCUACGGUGACGCGCCCGAGUUCGUGCCAAGCGACGGCAGCACCAUGGACCCCGACUCUGGCGUGAAGCGCGGCCUGAAAAAUCGCCAUCUCUCCAUGAUGGCCCUGGCCGGCAUCAUUGGUCCCGGCUUGCUGGUCGGCGCCGGCGGUGCGUUGCAAAAUGGCGGUCCCGCGUCGCUGCUCAUUGGUUUUGGUGUCAUUGGUAUCAUCGCUUUUGCCAUCAUGCAGUCUCUCGGUGAAAUUACCACAAUCUUCCCCGGUGGUGGCUCAUUCGUCUCACUCGCCGAGCGCAUGGUCGACAAAUCCUUUUCCGUGGCCGUGGGAUGGAACUACUUCAUCAUUUGGGCCGCGGUCCUCGCCAACGAGUACAACGUCAUAUGCAGCAUCCUCACCUACUGGGUCCCCCAGGUCCCGCUCUGGGGCUGGUUCCUCAUCCUGUGGACCAUCUUCUUCGGCUUUCAGCUUCUCGGCGUUGAGGCAUUCGGAGAGGCCGAGUUUUGGCUCGCUCUCCUCAAGCUCCUGGGACUGACCGCCUACUUCAUCUUCGCCAUCAUUUACGCGGCGGGCGGCCUUGUCGGCCAGAAGGAGGCACUCGGCUUUCGCUAUUGGCACGAUCCCGGCCCGUUCAACGGAAACGGCUUCAAGGGUGUCGCGCAAGUCUUUGUCUUCACCAGCACGUUCUACGCUGGCGUGGAGUCAGUCGCCGUCGCCGCCACCGAGACGAGAAACCCAGGUGUCGCCGUGCCCCAGGCCAUUCGUCAGGUGUUUUGGCGCAUCAUCUUCGUGUACAUGGGAUCCGCCCUCUUCUUUGGCAUCACCUGCCCCGCGAACGCCGAUGGUCUUGUCAACGGAGGAUCCAAGGCGCUGAAGAGCCCCAUGACGAUUGCCCUCCAGAAUGCUGGCUGGGAAGGAGGCGUCCAUCUCAUCAAUGCAUUCAUUCUCAUCACGUGCUUGUCGGCCGUCAACUCCUCCAUCUACAUCGGCUCACGCACCAUCUUGUACAUGGCGCAGUCCGGCAAGGCACCCAGCUUCAUCGGCUGGACGAAUAAGAGGGGUGUUCCGGUCUGGGCCAUCCUCAUCACCAACGCCGUCGGCGCCAUCUCCAUGAUGAACGUGUCGACCGGCGCCUCCAAGGCGUACCAGUACAUUGUUAACCUUUCGGGUGUAAGCACCUUCCUUGUGUGGGGCAGCAUCAGCUUCAUUCACAUUCGGUUCCGCCGCGCCUGGGCGGCUCAAAACCGGGACGUCAGCGAGAUUCCGUUCAAGAGCCUUUGGUAUCCGUAUAUUGCAUACUUUGGCGUCGCCAUCAACCUUUUCCUGGCGCUGGUCCAAGGGUGGACGACUUUGGCCCCAUUCGACGCCGGGAAUUUCGUUGACGCGUAUAUCCUACUCCCAUUGUUUGCAAUCAUUUACGUGGCGGGCAAACUAUACUGGCGUGGCCGAGACAAGUUCAAGCGCAGUUGGGAGAUUGAUCUGGACAGUGGCAGGAGGACUGAUCUGGAUCAGAAGGGUAUAUUGCCGGAGGACGAAGCGUUCCAAACCAGAAAGGUCCCCUUCUGGAAGAAGAUGUGGAACUCGUUUUAG